AUGGUUAGGUGUAUCCUUUACAUUCAGUAAGAAAGUCUAUUGGCAGUUAGUUAUUAAUUAAGAAUUAUCUAUGGAUUCUCAUAGAACAACAACAGUACAUAAUGUCAAUUUUGGAGGAUUAUUUGGUCUCAUUUGUUUAGUCUUUUCAAUAUCAAUGGUAGUUUAUGUGGCCAGCUAUGCUUCAAAUGGAUGGAGAAUAGGUUCAUAUGACUAUGAACUGUUGAAAGGCACUUAUCAAGAGGGUUUAUGGCAAUGGUGCGUUUGUUCUAGAGAUUUUGAUAAUGUUCCAGGUCGAAUACAGAAAGAUAUGGGCUUCCAUAGGACCGUUCAAGCAAUGACUACGAUAGGAUUAAUUACCUUAUUUGCCAGCUCGGCAUGCCUGUGCGUUUAUGCCUUUAUUCAUACGUUUGAUAAGAGGCUGGUUCUUUUAGCUUUAAUUAUUCUACUUGGUGUAUCUUGUCUAUUCAUCUUCAUUGGAUUCGUAGUUUACGGUGCAAAGAUUAAAACUGGAUUACACUUCUCCUACGGCUUAGUAAUAAUAUCGUUUUUCGGAUUAUUAGUCUCAGCUGCCUUAGCUUUUUUGCAAUAUCUAAAAUCUGGUUGA